AUGGCGAGAAGAUCUCCUCCUGUGGUUAACCAAAAAUGCGAGUCAGGUUGCACAUGGCGAAUGUUUAGAAUCUUCAAUUUUCGUGAAGGUCAUUCCAACAGAAGAUUGGUUUCCAAUAGGAGGCAUUUGAAUACACAUGCUGCUGGAAAUGGAAACUCCAGAAAUAGCUCAGAUUUGCUUAGCAAAGUUGAUGAAAAGUGCCCUCACAUUGGUGUAAGUUCCAGAAAAAGAAGAGAUUAUAGUUGGAAAAGUAUGGGAUGCAUGGAGAAUGAUCAAGUAGCAGAUUGGGGAAAUGAUGUAACAAAGAUGAUUGUUGAUCAGAGAUUUGUCAAUAAAAAUGUUCAAGGUAAAGAUGGGGCAGGCUGUCAGCCUGAACAAUUCUUCAAUGCUUUACAGAUUUUAAAUUCAAACAAGGAACUUUUCGUAAAACUUCUGCAAGAUCCAAACUCUCUGCUAGUAAAACAGAUUCAUGACUCACAGAGUUCUCAAGUGAGAGAACCAUAUCAUGCAAGGCAAAAAAGGAUGAUCAGAUUCAAUAAAUCUCAAAAUAGUAAUGCUAGACGAUGUGUAAAAUCGUUUAAGUCCUUUGAUAGACAUGAUUCAUGUUCAAGUUGUGAACCUCGGUCCUCAAACAGAAUAGUAGUUUUGAAGCCUGGCACAUAUAAUGUGAAAAAAAUUGCUGACACUAGCUUUGGCUGUCCUCGGCCUCAUUCUCCUAAAUGCCACAGUUAUGAUGCGCAAAAUAUUAAGCCUUCAUAUUUUCCCCUUGGUCGUAUGAAGAGAAAGUUGAGGCAUGCCAAGAGAGUGAGGAGUAAAGAACAGCAGUUGAGGACCACUGAUGAAGUGCCAUGUAAACUUCCCUGCAUUUCCCAGGGCUUGGAAGAUGGUAAAAAAGUAAAAGAAUUGGAAAUUGCUGGAAGAAAUUCACCAACUAAUGUCCAUGCUAGUAUUGGAGAAAGGUUGAAUUCAUAUCUUUAUUUGAAGAAGAAAAACAAGAUUAUCAAGUUCAAGGAUUCUGAGUUAUGCAUGGGACAGGAAGAUGUUUCAUUUGGUGAAAGUUGCAGUAGUAACAGAAAUAAUACUCCAGUCACUGAAGGGAUGAGAUAUUAUAAUAACUAUGAAAUGGUCCUCAGAACAAAGGUGGAGCUUCAGAAAGAAGGGGAAAAUGGUCACAAUAGCACUUUGGGACAGAAAAUCAAGGAACCACCGGUGGCCAUUUUUGAUGCAGAUAUUAGUAUCAGGAAAAGUCUUCCUGGCGCCAAUCUGCAUGCACAUUAUGAUAUUCCCAGAGAUGACGAAUGUAAGGAGAGUCCUACUCGGGACUUAAACAUAAAUAAUACAACCGGAGCAACUGAAUAUUUUUUGAAAUUUGGAGAGAUCCAGAUGUCACCAGGAGUUGCUUCAUCAUGUCAGAUAAUAGAAGAUUCUUCGAACAUGAGGAAGAGAGUUGAGCAACCCCGUGCUGAAUAUGUUGGGAAUGAUGUCACCAACCCACCAACAUUUCAACCAGAUGGAUCAUUGAUACAUGAUAAAUUUGAAGAGAACCAUUUUACAGGCUUUAUAAGUUCCUCUUUGUAUCCAAUAAACAAUUUAACUUCUUCCUCCGAAGACAUCUCAGACUAUGUAAGGGAAAUUCUGCAGGAUUUCAGCUUAAAAGGGGAUGAACUUGUUAUUAAGAGCGAACCAUCUGAGCUAUUGCUGGAUCCAUCCACCUUUGAUGAAUUGAAGGGAUUAACUGGCCAACUUUCUGGCUGUAGUACAAUCUUGCUUGACUGUGUUAUCGAAACUUUCAAGGAGGUAUACCAGAAGUGUGGCUUCCUACCUCAUAUUUCAUCAAAAAAUCCAAAAGUCCAAGCAUAUGUUUUGAAGAAAGUUCUGAUUAGAGAGAUUACAGAACUCAUUGACUUGCACUUUCUUCCUCAUCCAUCACCAAUAACAUUAAAAGAGCUUGUUGGAAAGGACUUAGCAAGACGUGGAUCAUGGCUAAAUAUAGAGGUUGAUGCAGAAAGCAUUGCAAUAGAGGUAGGGGAAGAUGUCCUUGAAAAUCUGGUAUUGGAGAUGGCAUCUGAGAUGGAUACAAGAGACAUGAUAGAUUGCAAUGAACCAAUGUCUCCUUGGAGAUGA